AUGUUUAGACACACAAAGGCUGUUGAAUGGAUCGGAGAUGCUGAGACUCUACCCCUGGAUACCGCAACCCUGAUCACCGUUGCCGACCUGCAAGCUGCCAUUGCGGGCGCCCUAAAGCAGUUCACCGUCGGAAUGAAGGAACAGUUGGCCGAGGUGUGCUUUGAACAGCAAAAGAUCAACGACCAACUCACCUGCCCUCCAAGGACACAUCAACUCUUCCUGGAGACUCUGGAACCUCAAACCAUCAGGCAGGAAUCUAACCUCAACGGCCCUGUGGCAGACGAAGCAAUCCAGCGAAUCUGGAAGCAGCCUCUAGUGCCGAAUCUGGAAGCAGCCUCCAGUGCCGAAUUGACGGAACUUCGGCAAGCCUUUAAGAGACUCGAGUCUCAAGCAAUAUAUCUAUAUUUUAAAUGUUUUUAUUAA